AUGGCAUCAAUCUGGCCCAGCCCGACAACGUGCGCCAUCCUCAGAAUCAGAGAAUCAGUUUGGGGAACUUCUUUCAAUAAUGCCACCUCUGUCCCGUCGAGGUGGUGCUAUCGCUUUCCCACUGUACCUUGGGAGUCAUCGAACAAUCCCACGCAAAUUGCCCUUGUCGCUCACAUCGGCAACAUCUUACCCAGACUUUCGUUUUCGUCUUGCGCGGUUGGAUCACCUCCGUCUCAUUUCGUCGUUGAUUCGCCCGUACGGCUGGUCGAGUCGUUUCUCUAUGAUCCACCCGCUGGCUUGGGACCGCCAUCGCAUUCACCAAACUGUCUAAGACAUCUGGGUGCAUUCUAA